AUGCAUAUUACCCAUGAAUGGUAUGAACAAGGUGACCUUACCAUUGGCGCCAUAGUGUCUCAUAUCCUUUACGUAUUCCCCAGCAUUUCCUUCCAUCAACACCCAUCUCACGACUUUAUUGACAAUCCAGUGGUGAUUAGAAAGUUCUACCAACACAUCCUCGCCUUGGUGUUUGCUGUUGAUGAAAUCAAUGGGAAUCCCAAGAUCUUGCCCAAUGCCACGCUUGGAUUCCACAUCUAUGAUAGCUGUUUUGAUUCAAGGAUGACCUACCAAAACACUCUGGAUCUGCUCUUUAAAUCACUUCACUUUGUCCCCAACUACAUAUGUGGAAAUCAGAAAAAAAUAGUAGGAGUCAUUGGGGGACUUAGCUCUGACACCUCCUCAUCCAUGGCAGAUGUCUUAGGCAUUUACAAAAUCCCACAGAUUUCAUAUGGUUCAUUUGAACCGGCCAUAAAUGAUCACAUCAAAUUCGCUUCCUUUUAUCGCAUGGUCCCCAAUGAAGAUCUUCAGUACAAGGGAAUUAUCCAGUUACUUCUGCAUUUCAGAUGGAAAUGGGUUGGGCUCAUGACUCCAGCUAAUGAAGCUGGAGAUCAGUUCUUGCAGACCAUUGAACCAAUGCUUUUCAAGAAUGGAAUCUGUUCAGCGUUCACAGAAAGAACCGAAAACUCUUUGCAUUUCAGCGGUAACAUAUUUGAUAUAGUGGAUCAAUCAAAGCUUUUCUCGCAAAAUUUCAUGAAAAGCAAAGCAAAUGCAGUUGUUAUAUAUGGAGAAAGUACAUCUAUUAUAUGGCUUACAGGUGUUAUAAUUCCAAAGAUUAUGAUUCGGCUAAUUCUUCAGCAAUUUGCGGGGAAAGAACCUGAAUGGAAAGUAUGGAUUACAGCAGCCCAAAUAGAUUUCAUAUCAAAUCAAAUUUUCAGUAAAGUUAUUGACAUUAAUAUACAAAUGCUCCAAGGUGCUAUAUCCAUUACGAUUCACUCCAAGGAGAUUCAAGACUUCUCAAACUUUCUGCAGGAUGUAAAGCCUUCUGGACAAGAUGAAGAUGGUUUUAUCAAGCAUUUCUGGGAACAAUCGUUUGGUUGUUCACUUUCAAACGCUACUGUAAUGGCAGGCAUUAUGGGUACAUGUACUGGAGAGGAAUUGCUGGAGAACCUCCCUACACCAUAUUUUGAAAUGAGCAUGACCGGCCACAGCUACAAUAUCUAUAAUGCUGUCUAUGCUCUGGCACAUGCCUUACAUAUUAGGUGCUCAUCUGAAGCCAUCUGCAAAAGGACAAUUGACGGAAACAGACUCUUUCUUCAGAACGUAGAGCCUUGGCAGCUGCACUCAUUUCUGCACAGAAUCUCAUUCAACAACAGUGCUGGGGAUGAAAUCACAUUAAAUGAACAUGGAGAAUUAGCAGGUGGAUUUGAUAUUACAAACCUGAUCACUUUCCCAAAUACUUCCUAUGUUAGAGUCAAAGUCGGAAAGCUGGAUCCUCAGGCUCCUCCUGGAAAAGAGCUCACCAUUAAUGGGGACAGAAUCCAAUGGCACAGAGCCUUCACUCAGGUGCCACCCCUUUCAUUAUGUAAUGCCAACUGUCUUCCUGGUUAUGAGAAGAAAAAGAAGGAGGGCAAGAAGUUCUGUUGUUAUGCUUGUGAUCCAUGUCCUCAUGGGAUGUUCUCAAAUGAGACUGCUAUGGUACUUGGCAUUUUCAUUAAGCACCGGAACACUGCCAUCGUCAAAGCCAAUAACAGAAGCCUCACUUACAUUCUCCUCAUCUCCCUCCUCUUGUGUUUCCUCUGCUCCUUGAUGUUCAUUGGAAUGCCUAAUAAGGCAACCUGCCCACUCCGACAAACGGCUUUUGGCAUUGUCUUCUCUGUGGCCCUCUCCAGCAUCUUGGCCAAGACUAUUUCAGUGGUUUUGGCAUUCAUGGCUACCAAGCCAGAUUCCACAAUCAGGAAGUGGGUAGGCAAAAAACUGGCUUACUCCAUUGUCCUUUCCUGCUCUGUGAUUCAAGUAGGAAUCUGUGCCUUCUGGCUGGCAACCUCUGCCCCAUUCCCAGAUGUGGACAUGCACUCAAGCAGUGAAGAAAUUAUAUUCUUAUGUAAUGAAGGGUCAGUUCUCAUGUUCUAUGGUGUUUUGGGCUACAUGGGGUUCCUGGCCAUUAUCAGCUUCACUGUGGCCUUCUUAGCCAGGAAGUUGCCAGACAGCUUCAAUGAAGCCAAGUUCAUCACCUUCAGCAUGCUGGUCUUCUGCAGUGUUUGGUUCUCCUUUAUUCCUACGUAUUUGAGCACCAGAGGAAAAUACAUGGUGGCUGUGGAGAUCUUCUCCAUCUUGGCUUCCAGUGCUGGGCUGCUGGGUUGCAUCUUUUCCCCUAAAUGCUACAUUAUUGUGGUGAGGCCUGAGCUGAAUAACAGAGAGCAGCUGAUACGGAGGAAGAUGUAA